GCAGCCAAAAUUGGAGGCGAUGCUGCUACAACAGUGAAUAACAGCACUCCGGAUUUUGGUUUUGGGGGCCAAAAGAGACAAUUGGAAGAUGGAGAUCAACCGGAGAGCAAGAAACUGGCCUCCCAGGGAGACUCGAUCAGUUCUCAGCUUGGACCCAUCCAUCCUCCCCCAAGGACUUCAAUGACAGAAGAGUACAGGGUCCCAGACGGCAUGGUGGGCCUAAUCAUUGGCAGAGGAGGUGAACAAAUCAACAAAAUCCAGCAGGAUUCGGGCUGCAAAGUACAGAUUUCUCCAGACAGUGGUGGCCUCCCCGAGCGCAGUGUGUCCUUGACAGGAGCCCCAGAAUCUGUGCAGAAAGCAAAAAUGAUGCUGGAUGACAUUGUGUCUCGGGGCCGUGGGGGCCCCCCAGGACAGUUCCACGACAACGCCAACGGGGGCCAGAAUGGGACGGUGCAGGAGAUCAUGAUCCCCGCGGGAAAGGCCGGCCUGGUCAUCGGCAAGGGCGGGGAGACCAUCAAGCAGCUGCAGGAACGAGCUGGAGUGAAGAUGAUUCUAAUUCAGGAUGGUUCCCAGAACACGAAUGUGGACAAGCCUCUCCGGAUCAUCGGGGACCCUUACAAAGUGCAGCAAGCCUGCGAGAUGGUAAUGGACAUCCUCCGGGAACGCGACCAAGGCGGCUUUGGGGACCGGAAUGAGUACGGCUCUCGGAUUGGUGGAGGCAUCGAUGUGCCGGUGCCCAGGCAUUCCGUGGGGGUGGUCAUCGGCCGGAGCGGAGAGAUGAUCAAGAAGAUCCAGAACGACGCCGGCGUGCGGAUCCAGUUUAAGCAGGAUGACGGGACAGGUCCUGACAAGAUAGCCCACAUAAUGGGGCCCCCGGACAGGUGCGAGCACGCGGCCCGGAUCAUCAACGACCUCCUCCAGAGUCUCCGGAGUGGUCCCCCAGGCCCUCCCGGGGGUCCUGGCAUGCCCCCAGGGGGCCGGGGCCGAGGAAGAGGCCAAGGCAACUGGGGGCCCCCUGGCGGGGAGAUGACCUUCUCCAUCCCCACUCACAAGUGCGGGCUGGUCAUUGGCCGAGGUGGAGAGAACGUGAAAGCCAUAAACCAGCAGACAGGCGCCUUCGUAGAGAUCUCCCGGCAGCUGCCGCCCAACGGGGACCCCAACUUCAAAUUAUUCAUCAUCCGGGGCUCACCCCAGCAGAUCGACCACGCCAAGCAGCUCAUCGAGGAGAAGAUCGAGGGUCCUCUCUGCCCAGUGGGACCAGGCCCAGGGGGCCCAGGCCCUGCCGGCCCGAUGGGGCCCUUCAACCCGGGGCCCUUCAACCAGGGGCCACCAGGGGCCCCCCCUCACGCCGGGGGGCCCCCUCCUCACCAGUACCCACCCCAGGGCUGGGGCAACACCUACCCCCAGUGGCAACCGCCUGCGCCUCAUGACCCAAGCAAAGCGGCUGCUGCGGCCGCAGACCCCAACGCCGCCUGGGCCGCCUACUACUCACACUACUACCAGCAGCCCCCGGGCCCCGUGCCGGGCCCUGCGCCGGCCCCCGCGGCCCCGCCGACCCAGGGUGAGCCCCCUCAGCCCCCACCCACUGGCCAGUCGGACUAUACGAAGGCGUGGGAGGAGUAUUACAAAAAGAUUGGCCAGCAGCCCCAGCAGCCCGGAGCGCCCCCGCAGCAGGACUACACGAAGGCCUGGGAGGAGUACUACAAGAAGCAGGCACAAGUGGCCACUGGCGGGGGUCCCGGAGCACCCCCGGGCUCCCAGCCAGACUACAGCGCGGCCUGGGCUGAGUACUACAGACAGCAGGCCGCCUACUACGGACAGACUCCAGGUCCCGGCGGCCCCCAGCCACCUCCCACACAGCAGGGACAGCAGCAGGCAAGUGGGAAUUGCCACCCUCCUCCUCCUCCUUUUUCCUUCCAACCCCCGGCCACCGUCCAUCCUGCCUUAGUGGGUAGCGCCGGAAAUCCCUUCCCCUGCGGGGUGUGCCCUUGAUGCCUGCAGCGGGGGCCGUGUGGCCAGAGGUCUCCGGGAGUCCCCACACGCCGCCGGGGAGCGUACGCUGGGUCCAGAGGUUAAAUGAAGAGGCCUCCCUCCGCCAGCUGCUUGUUCCUGUGUCCCGCUGUCGUGAUGCUGGGGGAGAGCGCGAGACAGACUGGCGGAACUUUGGAACUGCUGGGUAGUCCUGGGGUGGGGCGGGCGGGCGCUCCGCGGCGUCCCGUCGGCUGCCGAUCACCCGCAAUCUGGCCACUUGGGAAGAAAACGUCUAUUUUUUUCCCUUCUCUGCAUCACUUUUUUGGUUUUUGUUCUUUUUAUUCUUUUAUUUUUUAAACCCAAGAUCUCUUUUCCCGUGUGUCCAAGUGACUGUGUUGCAGGCGGCCUGGCUCCGGCAGGGACGAGGGGCUGGCCAGGGCCCCCGCCCCGCCGCCGCCGGGCUCGGCCUCCGCGCUCGCGCUCGCCUCGUGUCCCGGUCUUGUCUGUGAAGUGGGCAUGAAGAUCGUUGCCACCUUCCAACCUACCUCACAGGGGUGUUGUGGGGACACCGUGAUCUCUGACGUUGUUCAUGUUGUGACGCGCCGGGAGCCGCCUGCCUUCCUGAGGACAGAGGGCACCCCUCCCCUCCAGCCCUGAGUGCGCUUCUCUCUCCCCGCCUCUGCCCUCUGCGGCCCCUGCUUCUCUCCUCCUGCUGUCCUGUCCUUCCUCCUCCAUCAGGGAGCAGCGUGUGACUUCAGCCGAGGCCCCGAGCUCUUGACUAGACAGUUAACAGACAGCGUCCUUCCAGCCUGAGCCAGCCGCAGUUUGGGAGGGGGCUUCCUGGCCCCUGCGCUGGGGGGGUUCCAGCCCCUCCUCUUCCACCGCCCCCUAGUGUCCCGCCCUGCCCUCCCGGAGUGACCGAUUCCUAUCUCUCCCUCUCCGCAGGCUCAAUGAAUCGAAUGAAUGUGAACUUCCUCAUCUGUGAAAAAUCUUUAUUUUUUUUCCAUUUUGUUCUGUUUGGGGGCUUUUUUUUUUUUUUGGUUUGUUUGGCGAGAGAGCGAUGGCUGCCGUGGGGGGUACCAGGGGAGCCCUCCAGCGAGCGGCUCUGGGGCGCGGCGGGGCGUGCCGGGCCCUCGCUCUCUCGCACAUUCUGUGUGUGUCUCACAUGCUUUUUCUUUCAAAAUUGGUAUCCUUCACGUUGAGCCAGCCAUAAAAGAUAGUGAGAACUAAAUCUCUGCCAAAAAAAAAAAUUUUUAAAGUUAAAAAACACAAAGCAAAACAAAACUUAUAAAAUUAUAUAUAUAUAUAUUAAAAAAAAUCUAUACCCCCCACCCCCAGCCUUCCUCACACUGCCUCUCUGAGGAUAAAGCAAUUCAUUUUCUCCCCACCACCCUUGGCCCUCUUCUUGUUUUUAAAAUAAACUUUUAAAAAGGAAAAAAAAGUCAACUCUUGCUAUUUCUUUUUCUUAGUUAGCGUUGGAACAUUCCUUGGACCAGGUGUUGGUAUUGCAGGACCCCCCAGCAGCCGAGCCCCCCUCUCUCCUCCUCCUCCUCCUUCUCUUCCUCCUCCUCCCCCCUGGCUCAGCUCCCCGCGGCCCCGCCCGUCCCCCCUCCCAGGACUGGUCUGGUCUGUUGUCUUUUCAUCUGUUCAAGAGGAGAUUGAAACUGAAAACAAAAUGAGAACAAAACAAACAAAAAAAAUUGUACGGCAGUUUUUACUUUUUAUCGCUCGUUUUUAACUUCACAAAUAAAUGAUAACAAAACCUC